AUUUCAGUUAAUUUUGUUAAAUUUGCUUUAAUGGGUAUAAAAAUUUUGUGAAGUAAAGUCUGUUUUGACCCAAUUAGUUUCUUGAGUUGCUUCAGCUUAAUUUGAAGCAAAACCCACCUUUAGUUAUUCUUGCUUAAUUGGUGAUAUUGGUUUUAGUUCUUUGGUUUGUUGUUUAUAUCUGUGAAGCUAUCACUAUUUUGGGUUAUUUAUUUGAAAAAGAAGACAGUAGUAGUGUAUUUAAAUGUGCUUGUUUGGCUUAGUGAGUAUGUGUAGUUAUAUCUUGUUUGUUAGUGCUGGCAAAAUUGGUUAUCUCAUAGGCAGCUUUGGAAUUUUGAGUGAGUGAGUGAGGAGGUGCGUGCGGUUGGCUUUGGUGGGUAUGAGAAAAGGUAGAGGGGGCCUAAGAAACAUUGGGAGAGGUGGUCAGGCAGGACAUGACGCGGCUGCAACUUACCGAGGAUAUGACCCUUGAUAGGAGUGUGUGAAGGUCAAGAAUUAGGGAAAAGGUUAGUAGGUAGUCGUGCGUAUCUCCAUUUCGGACUGAGGGUAUUAGGGUCUAUAUGGUAUUAGAUUGCUAGUAUAUCAUGUUGUUUUCCUAUUUUCUUCCGCUUCGGUCUCCUAGUACCCUGUUGUUGUUAUUGCUACCGCUUCUUUUCAUCUCCUUCUGACUUUGUGAUUGUUGUUACGAUCUUUUUGGCCUAUUUGUUGAUAUCACUUGUUUCCACCAUGUCUUUUCUCUUUCUUGAGCUUAGGGUCUAUUGGAAACAGUCUCUCUACCUUACCAGGAUAGGGGUAAGGUCUGAGUACACACUACCCUCCUAGACCCCACUUGUGAGAUUCAAUUAGGUUGUUGUCGAUGUUGUUGAGUGCAGAGUAGUAUUUGCCUAUUGACUUAAAAAAGAUAAAUGAUUUACCACUAUUAGGAUGAAACAUGUCAUAGUAGAGUGGAAUGGAUAACAUAGGCUCAUAUAACCGAUCCCAACCCGUUGGGGGUUAAUACCAACUUGAUUUAUUCAAUGCUUGAUCAGAGACGGAUUCAGGAUUUAAAUUCUAUUAGCUAAACUUUUAAGGUUCUUAGCAUUGAGCCCAUUAUAUUUUUAAAAUUAUAGGUUCAGACCUACCAGCUGUUGCAAUUCUAGUGCAAUUUUUCACAUAAAUUUAUGCUCUGCGUCAGAAGUAGUGAGUUCAGAUGAACCUGGUGAUGGAACUCUACAUCCGCCCCUGGUCUUGAUUACUAUAUAUCGUUCGAUCCGAGUCCGUUCCUGUUGCGGGUAACGCAGCUUUGCCACAUUGAAGAAAACAGUGUAAAAGACUGAUAGAUUUGAAUGUUGUUCAUUGAAGUCCUUUGGAUAUAGUACCCUAUUGUUUCAUAGGUAAAUAAGGUAGUUGAGUUCACGAAACUUGUUAUGUGAUAUGAUACAGUUGUUUAUGCUGGAAUCAUAGUGAAUGGAACUCCUUUGAGGCACUUGGCACUCUUUAUUUGCUAUGUACUAACUUCGCCUGUAACAGCACCUUGUCUGCAUUGCCAUAUUGCGGAUCAAAACUAACUUUGAGAUCCUUGACUGAAAAUAAAUAUAGCGUUUAUGAGAUACAUGUGGAUUGUCUUGUAGUUUAACUCCUUGUGGGAAACAUAAAAGAAAACAUGUUAAAGACAACUUCCAAGGAGAAAAUACAUACAUUAUGAUCUCAUGCGUCUACGCCGUACUCUAAGUAUGCUAUGCAUGGUAGUAUUCUUAUGUUCUCUUCUCACAGUUAACUGAUUAUAUAUUUUUGUUCUCUGAUCUUCACUGACUAGGCUCUAGAAAUUCCACAUUGUUAGGUAUUUCUGUUCUUUGAUCUUUCCUAGAUAUCUGAGCUGAGGGUGUAUUGGAAACAACCUCUCUACCUUCACUGGGUAGGGGCUUGCAUACACACUACCCUCCCCAGACCCCACUUGUGAGAAAACACGGGAUUGUUGUUGUUGUUGAUAUCCCCUAGAUUGACUUGAGAAAUUCUACAUGUUUACAGCUUCGCGAGUGUUAAAUUCCAUAGUAGUUGAUGAUGGAAUCACACAGCCCAACAUCUAGUGACAAUUAUGCUGCUGAUAUCUCUUCCAUCAGGGGAGCUCAAGUACGCAUCGAGCCCUUUGUGCACAAAACUCCUGUCCUCACCUCAGAAACUUUAAAUUCUAUUGCUGGAAGAAAGCUCUACUUUAAAUGUGAAUGCUUUCAAAAGGGUGGUGCUUUUAAAUUCCGAGGGGCGUGUAAUGCUAUUUAUUCACUUGAUGAUGAUCAGGCCGCUAAAGGAGUUGUAACUCAUAGCAGUGGAAACCAUGCGGCAGCUCUUGCUUUGGCUGCAAAACUGCGGGGCAUCCCUGCAUAUAUAGUUAUACCAAAAAAUGCUCCAAAAUGCAAAGUUGAGAAUGUCAAACGUUACGGUGGUCAGAUUAUCCGGAGUGAGCCAUCAAUGCAGUCCCGAGAGGAUACUGCAAAUAAGGUGUUGCAAGAUACUGGCGCUGUUCUUAUUCAUCCCUACAACGAUGGGCGCAUCAUAAGUGGGCAGGGUACAAUAUCACUGGAGUUUCUGGAACAGGCUCAAGAUAUUGACACUUUAAUAGUCCCAAUUAGUGGAGGUGGUCUAAUAUCAGGAGUCGCGUUGGCUGCUAAGUCCAUCAAUCCUGCCAUUCGCAUUUUGGCUGCUGAACCAAUGGGAGCAGAUGACGCUUUCCAGUCGAAAAUCAAUGGUAGGAUUACUAAGUUAUCUGAAGUCAACACUAUCGCCGAUGGGCUUCGAGCUUUUCUUGGAGAUCUUACAUGGCCUAUUGUCCGCGAUCUCGUGGAUGAUGUUAUAGUUGUUGAUGAUAAAGAGAUAAUACAAGCUAUGAGACUUUGCUAUGAGAUUCUAAAGAUUGCAGUGGAACCAAGUGGAGCUAUUGGCCUUGCAGCUGUUCUUUCUGAUGGUUUCCAAAAUAAUCCAGCUUAUAGUGAAUGCAGUCAUAUUGGCAUUGUAAUUUCUGGAGGCAAUGUUGAUCUUGGUGUUCUUUGGAAUUCGCUCGAGAAAUAAGAAAUUCCAUAUUCAAUCUUUUCCCUCGCAGGAACCAACUUUCAUAUAUUCAUGUACUGUGCGGAUUCAUCAUAAAUUGAUUAGUUUUACACUUUCAGCCUACCGCAACUGUCUUCUUUAUCCGGGCUUAGGACUGACAAUGUGAGCAAGCUCACAGAUGCAGAGUAGUAGUAUUUAUUGUUAGUUGUAUAAUUGUAUUGUGAAUUUUCACAUCUAAUUCUUGGAUAGGGGUGAAAGUUAGUAUUUA